CCAAUGUCUUAUUCUCUGUUUCCUGAAUAUAAAGGAUACUUUUACCUUCAUGUGAUUUUCAUGGUCUUGGCCUUUUGGGUGUUGUUACCUAUAGGUGUCAUGUUUGGUAUUGCUAGAUCUUCACUUCAUUUGCCCACACAAAUUCUGUGCUUUAUCACAGCCAUGUUUGGUUUCUUCUUUGCUAAGCUUUAUGGCCAUACCACACCCCAUCUUUAUGCCGGAAACUCACACCAUUCCAUGGGCUGGUCUCUAUUCUUACUCCUGAUUGUUCAGAUGAGCGUAGGUGUGCUACGAAAGGUCGCAAACGCAGUCGGUCGCAUGAACACAACGUCCUCGUACGACCAACUCGAAAAUGUGCGGUUGGUCAGAUCCUCGUCCUCGUCUUCAUCCUCUCACCCCGACCGCCACAGUGUAUCCUCAUCUGCGGAUACUCUGCACCACAAUGGUGAAGACCAAGGCUAUACAUUCACAAAACAUGAAGACAAUGAAGACGAAGAAGACGAAGACGAUCAAGCAUUCGAUUGCCUAGAGGACGAUCCUUUGAACAGCAUAGACCUCAACAUUCAGCCAAAGUCUCGAUGGUACCAUCGCUUUGAUUUUACCAAUCGAAUUCCAUAUAGUGUCAAACGUGUAUUCAAGACCCUGGCCCACAAUCCCUUGACGACCACAUGUUUCCGCCACUUCCACCAGAUUCUCGGUCGUGUGUUUCCCGUACUUAUCUUCGUUCAAACACUGUCGGGUUUGGUGGUAUACCAUGGUGUAUGUCGCUCUUGGGCUGUUCUUGGCUGCAUUGCCCACUUGAUCAAGGGUGGCAUCUUCUUUUUUUACGGCAUCGUUACAUUUGGUCGUUAUCUUGGUGCAUUUGCAAACCGUGGCUGGGCGUGGAAUCGGGUUGACAAUGGUAGCAAAUUCAGCUUUGAAAUGAUCGAGUGUGGUUUAAUUUUCACAUACGGUAUCACAAAUACAUGGAUGGAGCACUUUGGACAGGAUUCUGCCUGGACCCACAAGGAUCUUGAACACGCUAGUCUUGCCUUUAUGUGGUGGUGGUGUGGUCUUGUUGGUAUUCUGGUAGAGAGUCGCACUCUGCGUAGAUUAUUGAGUCGAACUGAAGAUACACCCCUCAACGAACCCAAGCAUGAACAGACCCAGACAUUCUCCAUGAACCCUUUCCCGGCUCUGACUGUACUGAUGACUGGAAUUUCGAUGGGAAAUCACCAUCAAGACACAGCAUAUUCAACCCAGGUGCACUACAUGUGGGGACUUUUGUUGUCCAUGGCAGCCGUAUUCCGCUUUGUGACAUAUGUCACCAUGUAUCUUUCACCCCCGACCAAUUCUAGUCCUUCUCGGCCUCCAAGUGAAGCGGUUGGUGCUUUCCUGUUGAUAGCAGGUUCUAUCCUAUUUAUGGCUUCCAAUUCCGGUACCAUGACCUGGCUGCGCCGUAAUGAAGUAGACUCAAUGUUUAUGAUGAAUGGUUGUGUGGCGCUGAGUUCAAUGACCCUUGGAUAUGUUGCAUUUUUGAUGAUUAUCAAAGCAUGGGCUAAGAAGCGUGAGGACCGG